UGUCUUGUUUCUGUUUGUGUCCGUGUUUAAGUUUAAUUCUAUAAAACUUAUUAACAACUAAUCAAUCAAUAUAAAGCCAAUAAUAAGGAUGUUAGCUUUCUGUGGAAAAAUAUCGUAAUUUUUAUAAAACUUUAUUGACAUAGACAUCGCCAAACGUUGUGCGUUAGGAUAUAACCUUACUAAUAUUUAUUUUACACGAUUUUGAGUAAAAAUGGAGGUUGGUGCAGUUAAGCAAGCAUUUAAUAAUGAGAUUAUCCAAAUGAAAAGAAAUUUAACCCAAGCGAAAAUACAAAUUAUACACAAGCUUACACGUAAAGCAAAAACAUUAGCAGAAAAGAAGGCACCAGAACAUUUAAAAGAAAAACUAACUAAGAAAGCGGAGUCUGCUGUUAAAGAAGUUUUGAUUAUUAAGAAAAUAAAAGCAAAGGAUAUUGCAAAAUUCAUAGUCACAUAUGACGGAGAGCUUGCAAAAUAUUUAAAUAAACCAGAAGUAGAUCAUAAUAAGGCAUGUGCUAGAUUAAUACUGCACAAAAGUUUGCAUGAAAAGCAUAAAUAUAUAAGAGAAACAUUUGGUAAUACGUCAAUAAAUGAUCUCUUCAUGUCAAGGUUAGAAAGAAGAAAGAUGAAGAAGGAAGCUAGAGAGAAGCAGAAGAAUAAGAAAAAAGAAAAAGAGGCAAAGAAAUUAGUUAAUAUUGAAGGUGAUUGGGAUGUAGAAGAGAUAGAAAAUAAAGAUGAUGCAGUUGAAGCAAACAUACAAGGUAAAGGACUUGGAGAUGAGCAAAGUGAUAAUGGACAAGAAAGUGACAGUGAACAGGGCAAAGAGGAUGAGUCAAGUAGUGACAAACCAGGUGAUGAUGAUGGCUCAGAUAGUGAUGAUGAAAUAUUAGCUAGUGAAUCUGAACAAAUUGAAAAUGGUAACAACUCUCAAGUAGAUAAGGACGUAGACAAUUCAGAUUCAGAAAUGGAAGAAAGAAAAAAUAAAAAAAUUGAAAGAAAAAAUAUUUCACAAAAGAAAGAAGAGAAAUUACGUAAUAAAUCUAUAGAAAAACCUAAAAAUUUGCCAAAAGAAGUAAAUAAAAAGAAAAAAGAUAUUAAUAAGAAUAAAAAUUUCAAUGAAAAGAUACUUAAAAGGAAGUUCAAUAAAGUUAUUGAUGAAAAACCAGCGGAAGAAAUAAAAAUGGCUGACCCUUUCUUUAUAACAACAACGGGAGAAAGUUACAUGUCAGUUGUUGAACCAAGACAACCUGAUGAAGUGAAAGAAAUACAUAAACAAGGGAAUAGACAAUAUAGAAGAGCUGUCAUGUUUGGACAUGUACCAAAACCGAGGAGAAAUGAUUUCAAACAAGAGAAUAGGAAAUUUAAAGAUUUAUCAAACUCAAAUGAUCGCUUUAGUAAUAAUAAUUAUAAGAAUAAGAAAUUUAAUGAUGAAGAAAAACAGGAAACUGAAAAAGUUGAAAAAUUACAUCCUUCAUGGGAGGCAAAGAAACGGAAAUCAGGUAUUUUACCUUUUGAAGGUAAAAAAAUUGUUUUUGACGACGGAGAAUGAUAUAAAAAAAAUGGUUUUGAUAA